GAAAUCGAGAGAAGCUUUGUAAAUGUGGACGAAGUUGCGGCGAUCAACACAAUGUCCUACGAUAAAUCAGAUGUUCCUUCGGGGAGGAAGAUCAAAGACUGACCUAGGCAAAGGCUCGUGAUCGAGACGAUGCAGGCCAUAAUAGGACGGUGCCGGGUGAGGCUUGCGCCGCAGGUUGCAACAUUCGUCUGCUGCGGAAGAAGCGGAAUUCGGUGGCUCCUUGGUGCAAUUUCGGAAUUGCAGCAGACUUCGAGACUCUAGAGGCGGCCGAGGCGCAGAGAGUGCAGAUUUGACCUCGUAGUCACUCCGAAUCCCUUCGUGACAUGUGACGAAAGGCAGGAGCGAUGGCCUCCGCCAACGGCACCGCUAUACCGGCCGUUGCUCACGACAGCGUUCUGCGACAGUCGGUGAAACUUGAAGGCAAUGCGCAGAAUGUCCGAGGCUACGAUUUCAAUGGAGGUGUUGAUUACGACGCCCUGCUCCGGUCUCUGUCGUACACGGGUUUUCAAGCCUCCCACCUCGGGGAUGCGAUCGACCAGGUCAAUCAAAUGAUCGACUGGAGAUUGCGAGACGAGCCUGUGGACGCAGAAGCCAACGACCAGGAGAAAUCGACAGAGUUUCGGAACAACUGCAAGUGCAAAAUAUUCUUGGGCUACACCUCAAACAUCGUGUCUUCUGGAGUCAGGGACAUCAUCAGAUAUCUCAUGGAACACAAAAUGGUGGAUGUCGUGGUAACGACUGCCGGAGGCAUUGAGGAAGAUCUCAUCAAAUGUCUGGCCCCUACUUAUAUGGGUGACUUUGCCUUAGCAGGGGCUCCGCUGAGACAACAAGGGCUCAAUCGAAUAGGCAAUCUUUUAGUUCCAAAUAAUAAUUAUUGUCUAUUUGAGGACUGGAUUAUGCCAAUUCUUGACCAGCUUUUAGCCGAGCAGGUGAACGAGAAUGUUCUCUGGACGCCAUCUAAGCUUAUAGCCCGGCUCGGAAAAGAAAUCAACGACACUAGUUCCAUAUGCUACUGGGCCCAAAAGAACGAUAUUCCCAUAUUUUGCCCUGCAAUCACGGAUGGUUCAUUAGGUGAUAUGCUCUAUUUCCACUCAUAUAAAAAUCCGGGCCUCGUGGUAGACAUCGUGCAAGAUAUAAGGCAAAUGAACAGUGCAGCGGUGGCCGCAAAACCACGAAAGACUGGUAUGAUCAUUCUCGGAGGUGGACUUCCCAAACACCACAUAUGCAAUGCGAACAUGAUGUGCAACGGAGCUGAUUAUGCAGUUUUUAUCAACACGGCACAAGAGUAUGAUGGAAGUGAUUCAGGCGCUCGGCCGGAGGAAGCUAUAUCUUGGGGUAAAAUAAAGAGUGGGGCUACUCAUGUCAAGGUCCACUGCGAUGCCACCAUUGCAUUCCCUAUUCUGGUUGCCCAAACUUUUGCAAAGAUCGCUGGCCGACAGCCGACAGCGAAGGAAGCUCAAAACGGUCAUCAAGAUCUACACUAGCAAUGGCUGCCUCACGUGAGGGCUGAGGGCAGGGGAGAAGGUCGCGAUAAUCCCCAAGUCUCAAAUCCCUCUUAGGUGUAUUUUAAACUCUGACUCCAGCAUAUCCGGCAGAGAUCGGACAUCGAAAUAGUGCUAUCUAUGCAAAAUAGAUCGAUCUCAGAGCAUUGGCUGUGAAUUAUAAUAUCAGUCUUUGAACGAAUCUGUGCUGUCAGUGUUGCCCUUCUAAAUUCAGGUCUAUUAAUGUUUCUUUUGCGGGUGGCCUUACUGAUCGUAUUAGCACUGAUUUCAUCAGUGUCUUCUGCAUCAGCUUAGCGUGCUACUUUAGCCAAGCAUGUAUGAAAAUCUGUUGAGGAACAAGAUUUAGUAAGGCUCUGAUGUAGAUGCCUCGUCUCUUUAUGCUGAUAGAGAACGACCUGAAAAAAUCAGUGACUCCUUGACCCCCAGCGUCAGAUUAGAGUGUAACAAGAGUUCAGAAGAUAACAGUUAUCUUCUCUCUCGAUUGGACGAGAGCGGAUUUGAUUGUCACUUUAUCAGCUUCUCAAGCUGACUCCUAGAAAUCAUCGGAAAUGUAUUGGGAGAGAUUUGUAAAGAAGCGGCUCUGGCUAAACUAUUACAUUUCUAUCAUUCCAACAUAUAUGACCCAAUGGAUAAUAUUUUGGUCACAUCGGGCAAAGCGCA